AUAGCUGACGGCUGUUUCGGUUAGUAGAUCCAUGGUGCUGCUGCUGAGCAGAAAAUUAGCGAAAAGAUUUGUAAAUUUGGCACCACCGGGACCAGUAAUUCUUCAGUGGAACAUAAAUCUUGUAAGAGGAAUAAACGCGUUUAAGGACCUACACACUAAGUGCAGCUUUGGGCAGCAGCCAUGUCAGGCACCUAUGAUGACUCCAUGAUCGACGUCUCCAGUGACAGUUUCUGGGAGGUUGGAAACUACAAGCGCACAGUGAGACGGGUAGACGAUGGCAGUCGGCUCUGCACAGACCUCAUGAACUGCAUUCAUGAGCGGGCACGUAUUGAAAAGGCCUACGCACAGCAGCUCACAGAAUGGGGAAAGCGUUGGCGGCAACUUAUAGAGAAGGGUCCUCAGUAUGGCACUUUGGAGCGAGCGUGGGCUGCUCUAUGUACCGAGGCAGAGAAAGUGAGCGAGCUUCACAUGGAGGUGAAGGCAGCAUUGAUGGGAGAAGACUAUGAGAAGCUGAAGAACUGGCAGAGAGAGUCUUAUCACAAACAGAUGAUCGGUGGCUUCAAAGAGACUAAAGAGGCUGAGGAUGGCUUCCGCAAGGCUCAGAAACCCUGGGCUAAGAAACUCAAAGAGGUGGAGACUUUGAAGAAGGUGUACCACACUGCCUGCAAGGAAGAGAAGCUGGCAACCAGCAGGGAGACUAACAGCAAACUGGAGAGCAACAACAACCCUGAAGUCCAAAAGAAACUCCAGGAAAAGGUGGAGAAGUGUCAGCAGGAGGUGCAAAAGACUAAAGAACGCUAUGAGAAAUCCCUUCAGGAGCUUGAAAAACUGAACCCUCAGUACAUGGAGAACAUGGAGCAAGUAUUUGAACAGUGGCAGCAAUUUGAAGACAAACGCAUUUGCUUUUUCAAAGAGGUGCUGCUGGAAGUUAAGCAGCACCUGGACCUCUCAUCCAAUCACAGAUAUCGGGAAGUUUACCAAACACUGGAAGACACAAUCUCUGGUACUGAUGCUGAAGAGGACCUAAAAUGGUUCCGGUCCAAUCAUGGUCCUGGAAUGCCAAUGAACUGGCCCCAGUUUGAGGACUGGUCCGUAGACUUGAACCGCACCUUGAGCAGACGAGAAAAGAAGAAGCCAUCGGAGGGCAUCACAUUGACAGGCAUCAGUCCAGCUGGGUCAGACCAGCCUGUUCAGCCUGCCAAGACCAGCAGCAGCCUGACUGUACCAAAAACUGCACCUGCUGGCUCAAACCCGUUUGAAGAUGAUGAAGAUGAAGUGGAGGAGACGGCCGUGGAGCAGGAGACCACUGUCAACCACACCGUUGUGAAUAAAGAGGAAAUAAAAACUGCAAGCAGUAUGGAGAAGACUCCAGACUGGUCAGAUGAGGACACAGUUGGUAACCCUUUCUCAGCCAACGGUGAGGGUAAUCCAUUUGAGGAAGAGCCUGCCUCUCCAGUCAUAUCUGUGCCUGUCAGAGCUCUCUACGACUACGAGGGACAGGAGCAGGAUGAACUGAGCUUCAAAGCAGGUGAGGAAUUUACCAAAAUUGGUGAAGAAGAUGAUCAGGGCUGGUGCAAAGGCAGGCUCAAGGAUGGACAAACGGGCCUCUAUCCUGCUAACUAUGUGGAAGACAUCCAGUAAUGAAUUGCCACUGAUGAAACAAAUGUGAAGAAUGAAGAAGAAUGUGUUUUAUGAAACUUGACAUUAUCAACCCUCUUCUCCUUGUUUGAGGACUGGUUUGGAGUUGGAGAACAUAGAGGUUGGAGAGCUUAGGACCACUUUAGUCACUUCUUAUCCGGGGAUUAAGUGGAAAUUAACCGCAAGUUUCCAGAUGAUUUCAGGAAGAUCUGAAAAGGCUUGCUGUCAGUGUAAGCUGUUACUUAGAAUCCCAUUUAUGCUGUUACAGAAAUAGCUAUUCAAGUAUAUACUAGAUGAGACUGAAUGACAUGUAUGUGUGAAUUUGUGUAUAAUUUAAACAAAACACUGGGAUGACAGCCUGACAUAGUCUUGCAUGCAAAACACAGCCUUAAUAUGAAAGCCAGUUUUUAAUUCAUUAAGGGAAUUGAACCUUUUUAUAACCAUAAUUUACCAUUUCUGCCAAUAGAAUCCAGUCCAUAAAUGUUUUAUUAAUUGGCCUUUAAUGAGAUUUUGAGCUUUGUUUUAAAUUUAGCAUUUAGAUUCUCUCAUUCCUUUCAGGGUCUUUUUUUUUUUUUUUUUUUCUUUCUUUUAAAUAUAUAAAUAAGGAAUGGUAAAUCCUCACUCACAUCGCCUGCAUCUAUAUUCAUGGGUAGACUUACUUAAGUCACUCCAGCUGAAUGUUUAUCCACUGAUUGUAUUUUCUCACUCAUUGAUUGUUCACUUUUACUGCAGCCACUGAUCCAAUCCCUCCCCAUCUGAAAACCCCUUCUCAUGCCUUUCUCACACAUCUGAUUGUAGUGGGGUUUUGUUUUGUUUUUUCUUUUCCCCAUGCAACACUGAGUUUAUAAGAAUUCUCACUUGAAUCUUCUAUUUAGUUCUCUCACUCCUUGUCACGUGCCAGGUUAUGGGAGAAUAUUUUAUUGUUUAUAAGAUAUAUUUCAUGUAUAUAGCAACGAAACCACAGACAAGUAUCGUAUUGCAUACAUGGAUGUAAAUUAAGCAUAUUAGAACAAAUCAUUCUGAUUGGAGGUUAUACAGUUAGAGAUUAAUUUGUCACAAGUGCUUUUGUUGCUGGAAUGCUGUGAUCACAAAUCAGUUCAUGUACAUUAAUUGAAUGUUUAUGGCAAAUAUCCAACUGUUCUUGCUAUAUUUAGAUCAGAAGGUCAGAGGAGUCGAACUAAGCACCAAGGAAUGAGAAGGAAUAAUUAAAUUUUCUUCGAGAUUUUCUGUUGACUUAUGACAUUUCACAACCUUCAUGCAGUUUGGAGUAAUGAGCUACAUAUUUUUUCACAAAUGCAACUCAUAAAUGCACCAAUAAAAUCUUACUUUUGAUGCCUA